CUAAUUUAACUUUCUCUCUUUCGUUUCCUUGUUUGUUUUCUUUUCCCCUUUCGCUUUCUCUCCCAAAUCGCGCUGUCUUUAGCUAAGUUUCCCCCGGCAUUGAACUCCAAUUGGGUCACUAUAAAUCUAUAAUGGUUCUCGCUGGUAGUUAUGAAAAGCUGGUGUCGACUCAGUUGGUGAAUCGGAGUAAAUGCAUUUGCCCUCUUCACAACAACAACACCCUUCCCUUCCCUCCUUUCCUCCCCAGCUGCCGUUCUAUAACUAACCCUUGGGAGCUCGUAAGCACUAAGCUGUCUUCUUCUCUCUCUCUUAACCCUGCUUGACUCGAAAGCUUCAAUCUGUAAACUAAUUAGGAUUUGCAACAGUAAUUUAGUAGCGUAAAGCUGCAACCUUUGAGAGCGACGAGAAAGAGUUGUGGAGGGAAAGAGAAUGCACGUGGUUUCCCUCUUCAGUUGGUAGCAUAUUUGGAGGGGAAUCACUCGUAGGGAGGCCACUUUCCCCCAUUAAUUAAUUUUGCUGCAACCCAACUCCUGUACUCUGCUUCCUUUCCAGCCAAGGCAGUUUUAAUUUGUCCCCAAUUUCCAUCUCUCUCUCUCCGAGUUAGUCCCUCCCUCCCAUGUUUCUGUGCCUGCUACGUGUUCGAGAAAUUGCUUCUUUUCCAAAACCCACAAAUUCCCUUUUCCCAACGGACAGCAAAAGGUUUGCUUGUAGUUUGAACCGUUUGAUUGUCUUUGGUUUCUGUGUGAUUACUGGCUUGCAAACAAAAAGUUGGGUGCUUUACUUCAUAUUCAGUGAGAAUUGUGGGGGGCAAAGGGUCAAAAGGGACUAAGAGAGGACGAAAAGAAGGAUGGUGCUGUUCUAUUUGGUUGAUGAGGUUAGGGUCUUCACUUGCGGAGGUUCGAGGAGGAAGAUUUGUUGCAGAGGAGAGGCUGACUGAUCUUCUCUCUCUCCAGUUGUGGCGUUCUUGGCUUCCAUGUUGUGCUGUCAAUAAUGCCAAACGGGUAGAGAUCCAAUUUUGUCUACAUUUUAUACUGUGAGCAUGAGGAGAAGAUUUGGCCAGUUCUGUCUCCUUCAUGCUCUUUUGCUCUUAACGGCUUGCCUCGGGUUUACUGCGUUGGAAACGGUUUCUCAGUCAGUUACUACAGAGAAGGAUAUCUUGCUGCAGUUCAGGGGAAACAUCACCAAUGACCCUUACAACAGCUUGGCCACCUGGGUUCCUAGCGGCAAACCUUGCGAAUUCAGUGGUGUUUUCUGCAACUCAGUUGGAUUGGUGGAGCGGAUUGUUCUUUGGAACACUUCCCUAUCUGGAGUUCUUUCACCAGGAUUAUCAGGUUUGACAUCUUUGAGAACCUUGACAUUGUAUGGCAACCAGUUUACUGGGAGCAUCCCUCAGGAGUAUUCAGAACUAAGUACAUUGUGGAAGAUUAAUUUGAGCUCCAAUGCUUUAUCCGGGUCAAUCCCGGAAUUCAUCGGGGAUCUGCCAAAUAUUAGGUUCCUUGACUUGUCAAGGAACCAAUUUUUUGGACAGAUACCAUCAGCUUUGUUUAAGUUUUGCUUGAGAACCAAGUUUGUGUCUUUUGCUCACAACAACCUUUCUGGUUCAAUCCCUCUCUCAAUUGUGAAUUGUGUAAAUCUCGAGGGGUUCGAUUUCUCAUUCAACAAUCUUAGUGGCGAAUUGCCUCCUAGAAUCUGUGAUAUUCCUUUGCUACAGUACAUGUCUAUGAGAAGCAAUGUGUUAACUGGUAAUGUACAACAGGAGAUUGAAAUGUGCCAAAGAUUGAGUUUUUUGGAUCUUGGCAGCAAUGGCUUCACUGGUUUGGCUCCAUUCGGGGUUAUUGGAUUGCAGAACAUGACUUAUUUUAAUGUAUCUCAAAACGAAUUUAGUGGUGAGAUUCCUGAGUUUGAAACCUGCAGCGAAGGGCUAGAAAUCCUUGAUGUCUCAGGUAAUGGCUUUGAUGGGGAGAUACCACCAAGCAUUACAAACUGCAGAAAUCUUUUGCUUGUUGAUGUGGGAUUCAACAGGCUCAAUGGGGGAAUCCCAGUUCAGAUUGUACAACUGACAAGGCUUUUGGUGUUCAAUCUGGGGAACAAUUCUAUAGCUGGAACCAUUCCUACAGGUUUUGGAUCCAUUGAGUUGCUUCUGGUUUUGGAUCUCCACAAUCUCAACCUCGUUGGUCAAAUUCCUCAAGACAUAAGCAAUUGCAAAUUUCUUCGAGAGCUGGAUGUCUCUGGUAAUUCCUUAGAUGGACAAAUUCCCGACACACUUUCCAACCUAACUUCCUUGGAAGUCCUUGAUCUGCACGGAAACCAUUUUAAUGGCACCAUACCCUCAUCUUUUGGUAACUUCUCAAUGCUGAAACUUCUAGACUUAUCAAGGAAUGACCUUUCUGGCACAAUCCCUCCUUCUCUCGGAAACUUACCAAAUCUAACACGCCUAAAUCUAUCUUCCAACACCCUUUCUGGCCAAAUCCCUUCAACACCAAUACUCCAGGCAUUUGGACCAUCUCCAUUCCUCAACAACUCCGACCUCUGUGGUCCUCCAUUGCAGAAGCCAUGCAAUGGAACAGCAACACCACCUGCAGCAAGGAGAAAAAGCAAGGUGCUGAGUACUUCGGUCAUUGUAGCAAUAAUUGCUGCAUCUCUCAUCCUUCUUGGUGUCUGCAUGGUAUCCAUCAUGAACAUCAGAGCACGCGGCAGUGAUGAAGUGGUAGUUGUUGAGAGCACGCCGCCUGGUUCAAGUUCCACUGAUUCACAUGUCAAAAUAGGGAAGCUGGUUCUAUACAGCAAGAGUCUGCCUGCAAAGUAUGAGGAUUGGUGGAAAGCCACCAGAACUAUAUUCGAUAAGGAAUUCUUGUUAGGACGUGGAUCUCUAGGUCCGGUCUACAGGAGAAAUUUCAAAGCUGGGGUUGCGAUUGCAGUGAAAAAGCUUCAGUAUUUGGGCAGGAUAAGGACCCUAGAUGAGUUUGAGCAUGAAAUUGGACCGUUGGCCAACCUAAGACAUCCCAACUUGGUUCCUUUCCAGGGAUAUUACUGGUCAUCGUCAAUGAGGUUAAUGUUUACAGAGUUUUAUCCAAAUGGCAGCCUAGAACAGAACUUACAUGGCUCCCCUGAAUUUCCUAGUACAAGUACUGCUGCUGUUGGCAAUGCUGAGCUCCAUUACUGGUCCAGAAGGUUCCAAAUUGCACUGGGAGCCGCACGAGCUCUCUCCUUUCUUCACCAUGAUUGCAAGCCGCCAAUUCUCCAUUUCAGCAUCAAAGCCACCAACAUACUCUUGGAUGAAAACUACAAGGCCAAGUUGUCAGAUUAUGGGUUGGGGAAGUUGCUACCGAUUUUAGAUCCUGAUGGUUCGACCAGCCACAGUGCUGCAGGGUACGUGGCACCAGAGCUGGUUCAGAGUCUUAGAGUGAACGAGAAAGUUGAUGUGUACAGUUUUGGAGUGAUUUUGUUGGAGCUGGUUACAGGGAAGACACCGGUAUUGUCGUUAUCGAACGAGGUGAUAGGUUUGCGUGAUUAUGUCCGAAGGGUAUUGGAAAAUGGCCCUGCUUCUGAUUGCUUCGACAGGAAUCUGAGAGAUUUUCCGGAGAAUGAAGUGAUUCAGGUUAUGAAACUUGGGUUGAUUUGUACUGCGGAAGCUCCUUCGAGGAGACCGAGCAUGGCUGAGGUUGUUCAAGUGCUUGAGUCAAUCAGAAAUGGAGCGGAAUCUUCAUAGUAAGAUGUGAAAUGGCUCGUCAUUUUCUUUAUGGGUUUUCUUAGUGGUUUUGGUUAGUUUUUGUGCAGAUGAAAGGUGGUGUUAGGAGCACAGGGGGACUGGGAAGAGGAAGAUUCAUUCUUUGGUAUCCAUUUUUUGAACUUGAAAAGGUUCAAGUUGUUUAUGGCGGUAACUUAUUGCAAAUAAUAUGAUUCUUUUUAUCUAUCAUCUGGGUGAUAAUCCCAUUUCUUCUCAAAUGCCUAAAAAAAGACUCAUACCCAGU